CACAACUUGUUUACAAGUGUGGAGACGAAGAUAUAGGAAAAGUGAGGGUGGAUACGAGAAAAGAUACAUUCUUCAAAGGGAAUGCGUUUUCACAGUGACUUUUAUAGUCUGUGGUUAUAUUCAGGGAUAUUUCCGAUUUUAACAGGGAUGUAAGAGUGGCCACUGUAGACGCCGGAUAGGUCUGCAUGCAUCACAGAAGCUUGCCAGGCGUUCCGCCACAACAUAUUCUCCAGCCUGAAGACAACAGCAAAGCUAGGAUAAGCAAGGAAGUUUUAUAGUGCCUCCAUCGGAUAAAGAGAUACGGUGGAUACGACAAACAGAUACAUUCUUCAAAGGAAUACGUUUUAAUGAAGGGAUACUUUCGAGUUUAAAAGGGAUAUAAUUCGGAAUACAUCUGUCAAUUGUGAGCGGAUAAGACACGUUUUCAAACGAGGAGGUUCUAUUUUACUAUAAUAAAACUUCUUUGCUUUUAGACAACUGCCGAAUAUUUUUUAAGUGAAUGAACUGAGCGUUCGCAAAAAAUGGCGAACUUUGUCCAGUUGGUUGUUUUGGUGGUGUUUUUCAGCUUUUAUACGGUUCUUUCCAACAAAAUCACGAGCAACAUCGUGACAGAAACCAAGUCGGCGGGAAUGGAUGGAAAACUUAGCUGUACCAUCCUUUCAAGAAGUAGGUCAAAGGUCAUCUGGCAGAAAAUAAACGGCGAUACGGCCUCGCCGAUAUCUAUGGAUGAAGAUAUCACCGUCCGAAACCCGCGGCUCAUGAGUGGGAAAACCAAAUAUGAAGUGUUGGUGACCCCAGCUGCCUCCAAAGGCUGGGUUUUCACGUUGGUGGUGCGGGCAUUGCAAAGCACGGAUUCUGGCACUUAUCAAUGCAUGCUUAUGAUCGAUGGAUUAGACUUCGAUUCCUAUGCCAGACAGAGUGGACUUCUCAUUGUACAGUCACCGCCAAGUAUUGAUGAAACAGCAUCGACUCCUCGUCUUGAUGUCACCGAGGGCACAGAUGCGAUCCUUAACUGCGAGGCGUCCGGAGUCCCAGCGCCGAAGAUAUCGUGGUCGAGACCCAACGGUAAGCCACUCCCUGGCGGCCAAACGACGUACUACGGCAACCAGAUCCUGCUGAAGAAUAUCGGCGACGCGGUUUCGGGGGUGUAUAGGUGCAAGGCAGACAACAACGUCAGGCCACCGGCCGUCCAUGACAUCACAGUCCAGGUUUUCCACAAACCCAGGGUGACACCCUUUCGUCGUGCUGUUGGACAAGCGCCAGAUAAAAACUACGAGGUCGAACUCGCGUGCAUUAUAACAGGAAGUCCACAACCGGAUAUGACGUGGUAUAAGAUCAGCGGAGAUGCCCGAUACGCCAUCUUGGACGACAACAAGCACGAGGUUAAUACUCUACUAAUGCCACCAGGCGGCAGCACCAAUGACGGCGAUUUUAUGAUGACGUUACGAAUUGCCAACCUGCAAAUGAAUGAUUACGGGGAGUAUUCUUGCUCGGCGAACAAUAUCUAUGGAACGAGUAGCCAAUCCGUAGAAGUGUUUUACACCCCAACUUGCCAGGGACCGCUCUGUUCACGUUCUUCGGUUGUUGGAUCUGCUGACAUCACGCAGCCGCUGACCGCACUAACAAUAACAAUGGCGGCAGUUGUUAUUUCCGUAUUGCACGUGUAGAAAUAUUGGAGCACGCCGGAAUAAUUGGCAGUGGAGAACACUCUAUAUAAGUUACCCAAAGUGUCUCCUGGCUCGUGUAUGAAAACAAAUUCACCGUCGAGACUCUUGCAACGAAAGGCAGCCCGUCACCAGCAGACUUGGUGACCACUGCCUUACCAUGGGCACUCCAUUGCGUCUCCCUUCAAGCUGCCCAUGCGAGGCGAAACAUUAGUGUGCUCAUCAAGCCACCGCCUGGCGACACUUUGGAUGUGCACAAAGCCUCGGUGUUUCUCAUGCUGGUGACUUUCUUGCCGACUUGUGGAUACUGACGCACAACGCCGGAAGAUCGGCAUGGCGACUUUUGAGGACAGCCAGUCGACAUUCACAAACUUGGAACUGAUCCGACACGUGAUUUUUCGGACUGACUUUGAAAGAUAAUGCUUAAUAGCGAUGCUAUUAAGCCGGUUGAGGUGCGUCAGCAUACAUAUGCCUAUUACACGUAUGAGGUAGAGGAAUGACACGCACUCCUAAACCAACUAUAUAGCGUGGACACAGAAUCAUUUAGUCUGUGUAGCUAUC